AUGGGCUCGCUCACCGGCCAGACGAGCUCGACUCCCGACAUGCCCACUUGUCCGGCUGUUCUGCCGUCCCCCGAGGACGACGAGGCAGAAUAUCUCGACCAAGUACUGCGCCUGUCCACACAAACAACCGAAUCAGCCAUCGAGGAGGAGCUGAUCGCGAGGGCAACGACACUGGGGAUAUCAACUUCGGGACUCAGGCCCGAGAAUUGCGAGGAAAGCCCCGAGUCGCGGGCUUCCACUGCUGCGACCCAGCAUGUACGAACAUUUUCCAACGCUUCGCGCGAUUCCGCGAGCACUACCCUCACCUCGCAUCCUUCUUUGAACACGACUCCACCAGCUGCCGCGGCGGCCGACGUCCCCGUACAGCCGCUGGCGAGGAAGCGAUCCAAGAGCCUUACCUUCUCUCAGUACGACAAGUACCUGUCGCAGCUCGACCCCAACAUUCAUCAACCCAAGAUUCAAAAGGCAUCGCCACCAGCUACUUCCGACGUCUCAGGACACAGCUUGUUCAGCGUCACCACGAGGAGGAGCUACUUCAGCAUCAAGGAUGGCAUCAGAAAAAUUCGAUGGAGAAGAAGAUCAGCACUCAUGGAAUCGACCAUUUCUUGCAUAUGUUGUCGCAACGAGUUCAACAAGUCGAACGAUUUGCACAGCUUGCCUUGCGGCCACACGUACUGCGCCGAGUGUCUCAGCAUCAUGAUACAGCAAGCAACUACGGACGAGUCCAAGAUGCCACCUCGGUGUUGCACACAGCCUAUACCCGGGUCUAUCAUACAGAAAAUACUUACUAGAGAGGAGCAGCAUGCGUUUUUGAAGGCGGUGCAACAGUUUAGCACCCCUUGGGAAGCUAGAAUCUUCUGCCCGAAUACAGCAUGCGGCGAAUUCAUCCCCCCACGCAACCGGAUCGACCCGAAGCACCCAUUUGCCGUUGUCUGUCGGAAAUGUCGAACCCGAGUUUGCGUCAUGUGCAAACGCAACGCCCAUGCAAUUGGCAAGGAUUGUCCGUCCGACUGGGAACUGGAGGCCGUUUUGAAGAUGGGCGAAAAGUCUGGAUGGAGGCGAUGUUACAAGUGCCGGACUUUGGUGGAACUAAGCCAGGGUUGCACUCAUAUGACUUGCAGAUGCAAGGCUCAGUUUUGCUACAUCUGCGGCGCGAUCUGGGAUCCCUCGGUUGGCUGUCCCAACUUUUGCAACGGCGACGAAGAAUUGGAAAGGAGGAGGAUUGAGGAAGAAGCAAGGAACGCCGAGUUGGAAGCGGAGAAGGCCGCCCAAGAAGCUGCCGCCGCCGCCGAAGCAGCAGAGAAAGUUGAGGCCGAGAAACGCACCCGAGACAGCCCACAGUUCGCCAAGAUGGACGAGCUGAUGGCGGAAGAGCUCGAUCGAUUCCGCGCCUACAUGCGAAAGACGAAAUGGCUCAUGUGGACGCGACAAGCCGAGAAGAAGCAAGCCCUGGCCGACAAGUACUCAGACCUGAUCGAUAAGAUGAAGGAACGCCAUGCCAAAACGGCGGCUCACCUGGAGGAACGUCAAAUCGAGGCCGAGAUGGAUCUGAGGUCAACCCUGGACCAGAGCGAGAAGAGCGUCAAGAUCCGUCUGAAGCACAUGGAGGCUUACUGCGACGGGCUUGGCCGAACUCAGAACUCGGACCUACCACCAAGAGUCGUCACCGAGAGAGAUCUGCGUUUGCUGGGGCAACAGUACAACCUUCGCGAUGGAAUGGAGCGAUUGCACCAAGCAAAGAUCAAUGUCCUGCGAGACCGGCAGGCUAAGCGGAUGGAGGAGCUCCUGGAGCGACAGGAGCAGGAGCUCGAGAAACUGACUGAUAAGAAAGAGCAGGAGAUAGAGAACCUGGCAACGGACUUUGCGCAAGAAGAAGAUACCCUGGUCAGAAUUUUCCAUGACCGCAAGCAGAGGUUGCAACGGCGUUGGCUACUGGCGAUUGAGAUUCUCCGGAAAGAGCUCGAGGAACAGACCAAGAAUCAGUACGCGUCGCUUGAGCUGCCGACAUGGCCGGACGACACGGAGACGCAAGACGAAAUUCUGGCAUCGCUUCCCGACUCCCCGGCGAGCGAAGAUUAA